AGCAUGGCGCUCGGUGCGGUAGGAGUUCCGUUGUCUCGCUUGAGUUCUUUUCACCUUAGGUUUUACUCAAGUAUCUGACAGAAGUAUGUCUAUAAUACACAUUAUACGCCUCUAGAUCAACAAGGAUAUUUGCCUUGGGAGUAAGAGUAGUAUUUGUCUGAGGAAUACUCUAGAUAAGUGGCUAACGUUAGUAUAUUCCAGGUAGCUUGCUAACUAGAAACGUUAGCAAGAAAGCAAAAUUGGGAGAUACGGGGCAACAAGAGGAGGCGUCCUGUUUUAGAAGAGCUGAUGCAGAUGCCAUGGCCACAGCCGAGGUAUGGGAGUGACGUGACAGUACUGGUCUUCUUUCCAAACAAAAACCUUAUCAGCAUCAUGUUUUUCUGCUGAAGUAGUAGCAGAACACACAAAGAAUGGACGAGUCAGUAUUGCUGGAUUUGCUUGAGUGCCCUGUUUGUUUGGAGCGACUGGAUGCCUCAGCAAAGGUUCUACCCUGUCAGCACACCUUCUGCCGCCGAUGCCUCCAAGGCAUCCUAGGCUCACGUGGAGAGUUGCGCUGCCCGGAGUGCCGGACGUUGGUGGAGUGUGCUGUGGAUGAACUCCCCAGCAACAUCCUUCUUGUGCGCCUGUUGGACGGCAUCAAGCAGAGGCCUCGAAGGGCUGGUCCUGGGGCAGGAGUUUCCACAAAUGGGACGUCUGGAGCCGUUGCCAGAGCGCACAGCAGUGGAACCAGGGACCAGGCCACCCCAGGAGCACAACCCCAGCGAGCUCAGGCUAAGAGCACCCUUGUUCGGGGUGUACCCCAGCUUCCCUGUGCCAAGGCGCUCUACAACUAUGAUGGCAAGGAACCGGGAGACCUCAAGUUCAGCAAGGGUGACAUUAUCAUCCUGCGCCGGCAAGUGGACGAGAACUGGUACCACGGGGAGAUGGGUGGAGUCCAUGGCUUCUUCCCCACCAACUUUGUCCAGGUCAUCAAAUCGCUACCGCAACCCCCACCUCAGUGUAAAGCCCUCUAUGACUUUGAGCUCAAAGACAAGGAGGCAGACAAGGACUGUCUGCCGUUCUCCAAGGACGAUAUCCUGACUGUGAUCCGCAGAGUGGAUGAAAACUGGGCGGAGGGAAUGCUGGGAGAUAAAAUUGGAAUUUUCCCCAUCUCAUAUGUUGAGUUCAACUCGGCAGCUCGGCAGCUUAUAGAGUUGGACAAGCCGUCAGACUCCAAUGGAGACUCGGGCGAGGGGGCCUCCUCGGGGCCCCAGAGCAAUGGUGCUCAGCGGGCAGGGGAGAAGAAGAACAGCAAGAAGCGACAUUCCUUCACCUCUCUCACCAUGUCCCACAAACCCAUGCUAGCUCCUCCCCCCCAGCGCCACUCCAUGGAGAUCAGCGGGCCCGUCCUCAUCAGCUCCAGCAACCCCACAGCAGCUGCCCGAAUUGGAGAGAUCAGUGGGGGGCUUUCCUGCAGCGCACCUUCACAGGUACACAUUUGCACAACUGGACUAAUCGUGACCCCACCCCCUAGUAGUCCUGUUACCACAGCAACAGUCUUCACAUUUCCCUCAGAGACGAGCUACACCUCCAUCCCUGUGGAUGCUCUCCCACCGCCCCCACCUCCUCCCCCACAGUCCUCCGUUGAUGGAGCAGCAUAUUCAUUGGCUGCCGGACAGAGACCCUCCCCCAGCAUAAGCGACCAAAGUGGGAGACAAAGACCCACAGUAUAUGUGGCUAUGUUCCCUUAUACUCCCCGUAAGGAGGAUGAGCUGGAACUGAGGAAGGGAGAGAUGUUUCUGGUGCUGGAACGCUGUCAGGACGGCUGGUUCAAGGGCACCUCCAUGCACACUGGCAAGAUUGGAGUCUUCCCUGGGAACUACAUGAGCCCAGUCAGCAGGACGGCAUCGGGGAGCAACCAGCCCAAAGUGCCCAUGAGUUUGUGCACUCAGGCUGGCAGAGGAGUCACCAUCGUCAGCCCCUCUUCUGCGCCCAUUGGGGCCAUUGUUUCAGGUCCUGAUUUCAACAAACCCCUCGCCGUGUGCUCCAGCGCUAUACCUGCCAACUCCCAACCUGCAGCUGUGGUAACAGCAGCUCAAACAGCCACAGGUCAACAGCCUAAAGUCCCUUUGCAUGUCAGCUCCCAGAUGACUGUGAAUCAGGCUCGCAAUGCGGCCAGGACAGCUGCAUGUCACAGUCAGGACCGGCCCACAGCAGCAGUGACACCCAUCCAGUCUGCAUUACCUGUGACCUAUCUCCCACACCUUGCAGUGUGCCAGCAGCCUUCCUCCAGUCCUGCCCAAGGCUGUGCCCGGGUGGGAGUGGCGAUGGGCUGUGCCGCUGCCUCUCUGACCCCGCCCAAUGUCAGCGCUGCAUCGCUGGAGGGUGAUGCUUUGAGACCUGUCCCUGUGAACAGCUCUGCUCUCAAUCCCACAUCUAACAGCACAGCUCUGGCUUGCCGACUGGACGUCAAGAGAGAAAAGAAAAGUCUUCUGAAGCUGUUGUCCUCCAAUAAGAAGAAGUCUCGCCCUUCACCACCCUCCUCUCCUACCCUUGAGGCGGAACAGGCUGCUGCUGGAGAGGGGCUACACGGCGCCGUGGGCCCCGACGCAUCCCCUCCCUCCAGCUCUGUCAGCUGCCUCGAGCCUGAACCUGCUGCUGCUGUCGCUUCUGCCUCUUCGUCCUCCUCUCCCUCAGCCCCAGAGGCCACAUAUCGGAAGAGCAGUCCCCUUGAUGGAUGUGCACCUAUUGCUCCUCCUCCUCGGCAGCCGUGCUCCUCUCUCUUAUCUCAACAACAUGACGCACGGCCCAUCAUAUGUGAGAGGUACAGGGUGGUGGUGUCAUAUCCUCCCCAGAGCGAGGCGGAGCUGGAACUUAAGGAGGGCGACAUUGUGUUUGUUCACAGGAAGAGGGAAGACGGCUGGUUCAAAGGCACACUGCAGAGGAACGGCAGGACCGGACUGUUCCCUGGCAGCUUUGUAGACAGCAUCUGAUACACACACUACAAGGAACCACAGUCACCACCACCGUGACCCAGCUGACCGCUGCUAGCCUCGUGCAAACCAAACAGAUCAGCACUCACAAGGUUGCCGGGACAGGGCCAUCAAAUUGGUACUUUAACUCCUUAGAGCCCGCUCUGGAUCUGGUCACGCAAAAGAUCGGUAGUGGCACAUGAGACAGAGCUGCAGAGAAGAACAGAACAUGUUGAAAGCACAGUGGACAGUUGGAGGCGAGCACACUACUCAUGAACUUUUCUUUUUUGUUGGUUAUUUAUAUCUUUGUAACAAUUCAGCUGUUAAAUGUGUGCCUUGUACUGUUCCUCACUUUAUUGUACAUAAGGACACAAAGAUGAUUAGUCCUACAACAAACCAGUAUGAGCUGUUGAUAUAGAUAUAUUACACAUUUUAACUUAUUUCAUAGAUUGGCCUUUUUUGUAGUGCAACACAUUAAGGGGUGAAGCUGGCACAUGCCUUAUGCCAUAUAUACUUUUCUCCUUCUGACUGCUGAUGAAAAUGUUAUCAUUAUUUCAAACUGUCAGCAGAUAUGAGUAGGUAUAUCAGAUCCAGCAGGCAAGAACAAAUGAGCAGUGACAUCAUCACUUGUGCUGCAUAGUAGGGAAAAUGACCCUUCCACAGCUCUAGAGGCAUUACCUAAACCUGAGGAUCAUAAGAGAUGUCUGCCGUAUUGCACAUUUGAGUUCUCUAGCUACCAUUCACAGCCAUGUGAACAUUGCACAUCACAAAAUAUUUCUCUGGGCCAAUCACAGGCCUCCAGUUUUGUCUCCUGGUGUGGCUGAGGCUGAAGUGCUAAGGACUGUUGCCUACAGCAGUCGAAUAUUUGCAUGCGCUUAACGAAGCCUUCUUCAGGAGACAAAGUGGUGAUAGAUGUGUUGCAGGACUGUUUGUUUAUGCCUUUUUAAAUGUGCGUAAAACACACUCCAAGAUAGACUUUGCAGUCAAAUAUUGCUUACUUUGUACCUUCUUUGUAUUUACUGACCAGAGUAGCUUGUCUCCUAACCCCUUGGCAAUAGCCAAACCCAGACGUAGCUCUAUUUAUCAGACGAGCAACAUAACAUUUCAGUAACUGUGCACAACAGAUUCUUUGCAGUGUAUAUUUAUGUUUAUUACAAAUUCCACAGAGGCUGACACCUGCUGCUCGUAGGGAGUCUUUCAUAUAACUAACCUGGACACGCAGUAAGCCACACAGGACACACUCACCCUUCAGCUGGCAGUUUCGUACACUAUAACUCAUUCCUAAUGUGACUUGUGGCAAUGAAAGCGCAUCAAGCUAAAGCACCGAAUGUUUGCCUAAAGUAACAUAUUGUUUCACUCCACCAAAAGACAUAUGUAGUAUAUAAUUUUGUUGAAUCUCAAAAAAAUAAGGCUUUACUGAAAUCAUAUCACUUUGACCCCCCUGAUUCUUUUCUUUUUUUUGUGAUUGGAUUUUGUUGUACAUUACAUCUAUACAGAGUUCUUAAUGUUAAGUGUUGUAUUGACUUGAAUUACUGUAAGAUUUCUUUGUGAUUAGGUGGGGGAUUUGGUGCUUGACGAAAUAUGGGCAGUUUUAGAAUAAAUACUUUGGAGAAUGAAGACCAGUUUAUUUCAUCAGAUCAAAUAGUGCAACAUGUAAUUUCUCUUUUCCUAAUAUAUUCCCUAAAAUAUACUGAAUAGAUGAAUGAAAUUCUCCAAAGUAAAGGUAUUAUUAAUUACCAUUCAGUGGACCCAACAAUGUUUAAUGUAAUGUGACUUAUUCAUCUGAUCUUCAGCAAGUUCCGUGAGGUCUGAAGGGGGUAUUUAAACACUUUCAAAUCACUGAAUUGUGCCAAAUUUGUCUUUAUGAAUGAUUUUACUGACUGAAUUGGACCCAUAGUUUAAAGUGUGUGUUGUUGUUUUUUUUUUAAAGUCUUGUUGUUAAUUGAGGGGGACCACUGUGUAACUGACUGCUGGAAUAUGUUAUAGUUUGUUUGAAAUUUGGAGAGAAUGUGGAAAAGGAUGGUACAAAUCACUGUUAGGGCCUUUUUUGUCUUUCUGAAUUGGUACUUUCGUCGAAUUAAUCUGUUUUGUUGCGUUGUUUUCUUGGCAAUCACCACACCAACCUCAGGCUCGAUGCUAAACUGUUCCUCUGAGUGUCUUUUCAUUUCACUGGUAAGCCUUUUAAUAUAAACAACAUACUUACUCCUGCACAGAUGUAUGCAUUAAUGCACUAUCAUAACAUUUUUACUGAUACUGACUUCUCGUACAUAUUGUUCAUGCAUUGGCUGCACAUUUUUCAAAACAUGAAGCAUUUCUUAACAGUUGAUAAACUAUGUUUUCAUUUAUUGGAACAAAUGACAACUCAAGAUUGCUUGAUUCAACUUAACAGAUUUUACUCAUGCCAAGGUGACUUACUUGAUUAUUUUUUUUGUCUGUAGUCUGUUGUGUGUCUGAAAAUGGUAAAACUGAAAUCUACUUGGCACAAGUCUAUUAUGUGAAAAAAACAUUCUGAAGUAUUUGAGGGAAUAGCACAUUUUGUAAAAAUCACUAUAACAAUAAAAGCUAAUGGUUUCCAUA